AUGGAUAAAUUAAUUUCCAGCGACGAAAAUCUCAGACAGAUCAUAAAUGACUUUAAAAUAAAUUUCAUUGAAAAAGAAUUACAGAAGUGUUUUAUUGAAUUCGGUAAUUAUAAAAUGACAAUGUAUGAUUUUUUUAUGCACGUUUUUGACCCAAAAAAAUUAAAAUUGUUAGCGCGAGAGGAGGAUUUACCGGAUGCUCUAAGUAAAGUUUUCAAGAAAAUACUUGAAACCUCGAGUCAUUUCUACUACUUGCUCUUUGAAAAACCUAUCAAGCUCAGGAUAGAAGAUGCUCGGAUAAAGUUAAAACUUCUCGAAUAUUUGGAGAAAAUUUCAUCACUUAGAGUAGCUAUUCCAUUACCGUUUGAAUUGGUGCUAGAUAUUGUUGAGUAUCUAAACAUCAUACACUUGUACAUGUUUAUGCAAGCAUUCUAUAGUUCGUGCUUGAAUAUCGUCUAA